AUGAAAAGCGCGCCUAGCGGAGACAAGACUGCCGUGAGGCUUUGGCAGCUCAUAUCUCCUUGUCCCGAAGACGGCUAUGCGUGGUCUGUCGCGGAAGGAUACGAACAUCUGCUGGCAACAAACCUGGGCACUGGAUCCGUCGGCAAAUACAAUAGCAUCAUCAACAACCUAGGUCGCUCAAUCGAGGCCGUCGACCCGGAGACCCUGCCAGGCUGCACCAUCCAGAACUCGAAUCUGGGCAGAAAUAGUCCAGUUUCACGGGUUGAGAACGGAUCCUUCACGGCCACUAUCCGACGGCUAGACAGUAAGAACGAGGAGCUCGCCGAUGAGCUGGACCGGGCGUGGUCACGUUCCGAUGCAUUGCGGGCGAAGGUUGAGGAAUGGGAAGCGUGGGCAGAAGCCAUGGAACGGCAGCUAACAGAAAGCCAAAACCUGGUGGCUCAGCUUGACGAAGAGCUGCGACACGUGGAGGGAGGAAUGGCCGAGGCGGUGAAGCUGCUACAGAGUUUCCGGCCCCAGGAGGAGGUGCAGUCACGUGGGAGUGAAGACUGGUAUCAAGACGCGACACGGUCACCUAGUCUGAGUCAGGAAGAAUGA